AUUGAGCUAAAUCUCGGGUUAAAUCCAGCAAACUCGGGCAAUUUAAGAACAAAAAAAAAAAAAGUGCCGGGCAAGAACGGUUCGAAAAUAGCCUGCCAACCGUUUUAACCUCUACCCCGACCGCUCUCCCCAUCCCGAAAUAUUAAAUCACUACGGCGGGUUACGAAGGGGUAUCGUCGGCGAUCGAGCGAAAUUCGAAUUUUUCCCUGGUGGUACUGUGGUCUAAAUGCAUACGAGCCUGCGCAACGAACGGUGUCGGGAGAUCCGCCGCGAGAGGCGCGGCGUCGCGACGCUCGCAUGUGCCGCAGAUUAUGCCGCAUUGCCACAAGCGUACGGCACCGGUCGGGCGACGAUCGCGUCGUCGGGACGAGGCUCGGAGGAAAAAUAGCGAAGCGAAUGAGCCUGCGAUCGCGAGCAGGCUAGACGCGAGACGUCCUCACGAUGCGCCGUCGAGGACGCCGCCGACGGGACAAUUACUAAAGAAGAAGAAGAAGAAGAAGAAGAAGGAGAAGAAGAAACGGGACACGCGUCGAACUGGAGCGAAGAACAACCGACAUCGGCGAGUAUUCUCCGAGGGAGAAUAAAAGAAACGAGGAAGGUUUAAAAUAUUGACCGAUAAUCUUUGGACUCACCCGAGACAGAAGCAAUCCCCAGGAUCAUGAACGUCCGACGACUGCCCGGUUUCAUGUACCACUACAAGGUGAUCACGCUGCUCCUCUUCACGACCAUGCUCCUCGUCGUCUAUCUGCUCCUUCACUGGGGUAUUAUGUGCACGAAUCUCGAAGCCUGGCGGCACGUAUCCAACGUGUGCAGCAUGCACAAGAAAGGGGCUGCGAUAGGAAUUCUCUGCGACCCGCUAUGCGCAGAGAGAGGGAUUCACUCGCUCGCGUGCGAAACUCUUCACGCUGGCAAAGAGGCGGUGUUCUCGGCCCACUGGGAGACAACCCGACUUGUAUUCAAGGCCUCAAGAACGAAGACCCCGGUGGAGCAGUUCGAGUCGUUGUUCUGGACGGACGCGUCCGGCACAAAGCACUUCCCGUCCGAGACAGACUUCAACACCAUGAUCAAAGAUCUGGUCGUUAGCAAGCUGAACGUGACGCUGUCGCAGCAUCAAUUAGAGAGGCUCGCGCGACUUCGUACGCAUCGUGUCGAGACCGAGCCCAGAAGGCGACAGCUCGAGAUGGAAAAUCUCUGGCCGCUGUUGCAGGAGAACGAGUACCUGAUGAGCAUACUGUACGAGGACAGAGACAUUUUUCCACAGUUGAUUGGCACAUGCGGCACAUUCUACGCGGUCGAGUACGUACGACCUAUAGAAACACCCACGACAAUCCUCGCGCUGUCCGACUCGAAACCGGAAUGGGCGAAACGAUUGAAGCUGGCCGUGAUGAUUCUCGACCUGUUGGAAGAACUCGACACCAACUUCCCCGAACCGAUCCAUCUGUGCGACGUGAAGAUAAACCAUUUCGGUUUGCCUCUCGGCGGGCAGAAGCUCAAGUUCCUCGACCUGGACGCGGCGUUUCCUAAAACGAUUAUCAGCCGUAUCACCUCGGACAGCAAGAGAUGCGAGAGGCACGAGGACUGCGACUACUUCGACUGCAGGUCCUUCUGCUCGAAGAACAAACGAUGCGAGUCGCCGGUGGCCAACAAUAAUUUACAAAUUGUAUGCGAGAAAAUAUUUCUCGGCUGGACUCUCUCAGGGACUAUUAUAAUUCCUGGAUUACUCAUGUCGGAGCACACCACCAGCACACUGGCAGUACUUUUGCGACAAUGCGCGAAUCCAGCCGGUGACAUCGAACAUUUACCACGUGCUGCGGUUCCGGAUAAUUUGAAGACACGACUAUACAACAUGCUGCACGAAAUGGAACAAGAAGUUGCUGCUUCCGUAUAGAAAUGUUUCAGUUCGAACAACAUUUACGAGAAGAAUUCAAAUGAUUCUCACUUAUGGACAGAUAUAUUUUCAAAAGUGUUGGAUCGAACGAACGAAAGGGUGUUACGAGGUAUAAUUGUUGAAAUUUGGGAUAACUUUAUUACACGGCGGUAUACUAGAAAUGAAAACGGAGGAAAUGUCAUCGAUGAAUUUCUUGAAAAAUUUGCGAGUAAAGGUAAACAUUUCUCAUCGAAAUUUUU